GGGGUUGUUUUGGGGCGCAUACUGCAUAUUUAGAUUGUAUUUUACGUUAAAGGUACAGAGUAGGCCCUCUUUGCGCCUCGGUAUCAAGAAGCCCAAGCCGCUAGCGAACCCUUGGGCGGGCCCUCUGGUGAGACCUCUAGUGAGACCUCUAGAGAGCCCUGAAGCUCAGAUGGCUCAACCAAGGCUAAACGUGCGCGGGGAGCUGUCCAGUAUCAUGAGAGCCAGCUCGCUGGAGUUCACCGACGAUGACCCGUGUAUGAUUUUUGAGCCGAAUGCCGCCGGGCUGCAAGCUCAUAAGCCGACCAGCACACCAGCGGCAAGCCACGAUGAGCUGGUGCAGGUUAUCCUGAACGCCGGCAUGCGGGCCGCUCAGCACGCGGACGGCCGCGCGUCCAACAAGUACUUCUACGGCACCGCGAACGCAUGGGUUGCCGCGCUGAACGCGCUGGGCGCCAUCGCUUGGGCCAAGCACGUGCAGGACAUGCCGGACGUGGGCGAGCUGUGGCAAGUGAUGGGGUCGGCGGCCUCGCUGCGGUUCCUCCAGUACCUAGUGCCCUUCAACGAGUGAUGCGCCUUAGGCCCUUAGCAAACCGUUUGCGCGUCUGCUGAAGGCCAUGACUGAAUUGCCCGCGGUGACUCCUGUGGCGCCGCCUGAGCUAGGCGCGUGGGUGAGUCAUGUGCCAUUGUGGGCUAACCCGGCGCUGUGUGAGGGCGGCCGCACGUGGGAAGUGGCUUUCGCGGAUUUGUUCGCUCUGCCGGGACUGGCGUGUGUGGGCCAGCUGGUUGCAGCGCACGACGGCCUGAACGAACUGCGGCAGGCAUGUACACGCCCUUGGGGCGUGGGGCUCCCGGUUUGGUGAAGCGUGUGUGGAAAUGUAUGUGACUGCUGUGUGGCGGCGGGUGCUGCACUGGAGUACGCGGGCGCGCCUGCCGUCGCCCCUGCCGGGGCCGGCGUCGCCUCAACAGGCGGCCGACCGGUUUGCGGCGGCGGUGGCCCUUCUCCCCGCUGGCUGGGCUGCCGCCGCGCGUGCGGCCCGGCUGGCUCGGGGGCCUGCCGCUCCCGGCUGCCGACAUCGUGAGUGCUACGGCGAAGGAAUAUCUAUUUUUUUGUGGCGGCGCCGCCGCCGCAGUCACCGUCACACGCUGCUAUGUCGCCGUCGCGUCGCCUCAGCGCCACUGGCGGCGACUCGUUCGGUGUGUUGCAGCGUCAGAGCAGCAUGACGCGGCGCUCCGCGGCGCUGCUGACGCCGGGCGGCGGCUCUGGCGGCGGCUCUGCCAACGGCGGUGUCGGUGGCGCUGGUGCCGCAGGCGUCGGCAGUGGGGUGCUGUACGGCAUCUCUGAGCACCGCCCUGCCGCUGCCGAGGUACCGCACCCACCCGCUCUCCUGAGCUUCAACCCGCCGCGGCCGCCGCCGCUGCCACCACGUCUGGAAGCGACUGGGCGAACAGCAGCCUGCGCGCUUCGACUGACCAGGUGCAGCAGCGGCUGUGUCGCCACCACAGCGUGCAGGGCGAGUGCUUGACUGCCUCCAUGGAUGGGCUGCGUCCCUCGGUGACACGACGGAGCCCCCGCAUGAGUGACAGCAACGGCCUUGGCCCCAGUUGCAGCAACAACAGGCGCCUUUGCGGCGGUGGAGGUUCGGCCAAGCUGCUACAGCCUGGACUUGGUGGCAGUAGCAACUUCGGGCCCGGCGGCGGCGGUGGUGGCGGUAGUGGCGGUGGCAGUAGCAGCAGCAAUGGCCAGCUGCAGCGCGCGGCGAGCAGUGACCUUGCUGGAGUGGCGGUGCUGCAGGCGGCUUUAUUGCAUGCAGGGAUGGGGCCGGCGAUGAUGACUGCAACUGUGACGGCGACGGUGGCGUCAGCGGCGUUGGUGGGCGUGGUUCAAAUGCAUGAGGGACUCGCAGCGGAGGUGGAGGCGGAGGCGGUGCCGUUGCGUGUGCAGCCGACGGCGACGGCGCCGCUGGGCGCUGCGCAGCCGUGGCGGCAAUCAAGAAUCGGGGGCCGGGCGGCGUGAGAGGGGAGUGUUGGGUUACAGUAUGCGGAACGGUGAUUGGCGAUUGGGCAUGAUUCAUGGAUUUAUAAACAAGGACUGAUGGCAAGCGGGUGCACGUUGUCUCGGUACCUUGGUGCCGCCGGGGUGCACAGGCAUCGACGGUUUACUUAUAGCCGGGAUGCAAUCUUGAUGUAUGUUCCUUUGGUCCUUCAUUGAUGUGUGUCUUGUACACGAUGCAGAAACGGCGGCAUGCCUGGUGCAGUAAUGCAGUUGUCAGGAACCGCAUCAAGAGUAUUGGAGUACGGUAUGGACAACGGUUGGCAGCGGCACGCGUAUGGGCGGUGGUGGUAUGACGUCGAGGGCUCUGAGAUACGGUAUUAAAGACGCGAACACUGCUUGUCAGAAGGAUUGGUGGGAUCAUAUCGAUGUACAUCACGCUCAACAAGGGCGAAGCGCGAGCGGCAACGCGUGGCUGCGUGCCUUUCACCGACGCGCGAAUGAGGGGGGCUGGUUCGUGUCAACGACCGGUUGGUCUUCGCCUGUUUGGCAUGGCCGGAUUGUUAAGAUGCCUGUACUUCCAGUGUAUGCUUAUGUAGAGCGAUUUAUGUUUGCAGAUUAUUACGAAGCGGUCUCUUGUGUAAUCCUUCAGGAUC